UUCGAUUUUUAUCAUAUUUGUAUAAAUUUCAGACUUUAUAUUACUCAAUCAUGCAAAAACACGUGAAUUAUAUAAACAUACCCGCGAAUUAUAAAAAGACAUGCGAAAUAUACAAAUUAUUGUCCUCUCUCACUCGCCUCUCUCCUCCCUCUCUCCAUCUCGCUUGCCUCUCUUUAUCUCACUCACAAAUACAUAAGUAUACCAGUUACAUAUAUACAAUCAUCUAACCGAUAUAUACAUAUACAAUUUACCUCUCUCACUCUCUCGCUCGCCACUCUCCUCCCUUUUACAUGUAGCUACAAAUCAUAAUUAACAAACUAUAAUUAUGGAGCAUAAUUAAGUUAUUUUUGAGUCGCUAUAUUCAAAAAUUCCCUGUCCUUCAAUUUAAUUUGUAAUCAUGGGUUGAACUAAUGAGUCAUAUACAAGCCCGUAUGCUAUGCUAAUUCUUGGGCUUAGAAAGUUCUCCACGAAGGAUAAAGUCCAUCUUAUAAGCUUAAAACUCUACUAUAGCUGCCAGUAGUAACCAACUUAAAAGGAUAAUGCACAAUUACCUCUCAACCUAUGCUUGAAAUUUUAGAGAUACACUUAUACUGUAUUAAGGUUCUAUUACCCUCCUGAACUUAUUUUAUUAAUAAUUUUUUACUCCUUUUCAGCCUACGUGGCACUAUCUUGUGGGCCCAAUAUUGUUUGAUUUUUUUUUUUCAAGUUAGUGUCAUGUAGGCCGAAAAGGGUUAGAAAAUUCCUUAUAAAAUAAAUUCAGGUCUGAAAUUUCGAGCAUAAAUUGAGGAGAUAAUUGUGCAUUUUCCCCCAAAAUUAUUGGUCCUUUGACAUAUGACAGUAUUAUGGAAUAGUUAUUAACGAAUCAACAAAAAAUAAAUUGUGUCAAUUUUUCUAAAUAAGAAUAUUUCAGUAUAGCAAGCAAAUCAAAAUUCAUAUCUACUGAAGCACUAGUUUAGGGAAGCAAAUGAAGUUGUCAACAAGUUAGCUUCCUUAAGACACUCUUUAAUUAUGUACACCUUUGAGCCAUCUUCAAGAAUCAAUUCUUGGAAUUCGUACCGGAAAGUCAAAAGUGCUCUCUAACAAAAAUAACUUCAUAUUCAGAGAAAUUUAAAUUUGAGGGCUCUGCUUAAAAAUAAAGUACUUAUAAAUUCUGUUCGUACAGUAUUUAUAGUUUUUUUGUUUUUGGGAGAUAUUCCACCUCUAUUAGUACAAGAUGGACCUUGUAUAAUGUUUUGUAUAUGCCAAGACACGUGUGAUUAUCACUCUUUAUCUUUUUUUUUAAUUGUAUUUAGAUCGAAUUAAUGAUAACUUCUUCAUAAAUAAUUUAUUUAGACAUUUUAAUCGAACAUCAACCUUUAGGAACCUUUACAACCCCUUAAUCAUUACAUUAAACCUUCCACUUAUUUCUAGAGAUGUCAAUACUUAUAUAUACAUAUUUAUUUUAAUUUUUUUUCUUUUUAAAUGAACUGAUCAACUUAUUCAUAUAAUUAGGUCAACUUAUUCAAUGCUUCCAGUUCACGAUUUUCCAGCUCUUACUUAAACUUCAUUUUAACGGAUUAAUCCAAAAAAUUGAACUUUUUAUGUUCUGUCACACCUAUAUAUUUUCAUGAUCGCCAAAAAAAUUGAACAAUUGACAACAAAGUUCAUAAGUAAUUUCAAUUUUAUUUUUUUUGUUGCGAAAUGUUGUAUUUGAGUAAUCAUUUUGAUUUUCUUGUAUGGAUGCUAUUCUCUAUAGCAAUAUAUACCACCACAUAAUUUUGAAUUGUUUUUUAUGGUACAUUGUUCUGUUUUUUUUUGUUUAAAUUUUUAGUCAUUGAGGAUGGGUAAUAAUUUGAAUUUUCGAAAAUGUCGAUUCGUAAAGAUUAUGAGUUCAUUUCAACUUGUGCUAGGAGGGCUUGUUAUCUUUGUAAGUCUUUCGACUUUAUUUAGCUUCUAUUCUGUUGGAUUUUUCAUGCAUGAUGAAGAUAUAUGUCGCCAUUUCUAUGGCGCGUAUAAUGGUUUUGACAUUAGAUCACUAUCUGCUCGUGUUGAUGAAGUUCUUGAUAAGAUGGAAACUCUACAAGACAAGCUAGAAUUGAUGGUAAAGCAUAUGGACAAAGGUAAAGUUGACGAGUUGUCUAGUAGCUACAUUUCGAGAUUUGAGUACAAGAGAUUGUUGGAAGAAGAUGUGAUUAAGCCUCUGUCAUCCGCGCAAAGUUCCCUUAGGCAAAUUAGGUUGCCAAGAGUUGAAACAAGUGGAAGUGUUCGCGAAGAUCCUUUGAUUAAUACGUUUGUGAUGGAGGAGAUGAGGAAGUAUAUUACGCCUAAGGUGAAUAGAAAUGGAGAUGUUAAUGUCUAUGGUACAUUGAUGAUUUAUAACACGAUAGGUCACGCGUGUGUUUUGAUGAAGAAAGAGUUGGAAGAGUAUAUGGAUUACGAAAUUGGAUCCUAUUGUAAAGAUGAUUGGAAUUUGGCUCAAAAGCUAAUGUUGAAUGGUUGUGAUCCUUUGCCUAGGAGGAGAUGUUUGGCGAGGGCGUCUAAGCUUUAUCUCAAGCCUUACCCCAUUGACAAGUCCCUUUGGACAAUCCCAGAUGGUAGAAAUAUUCGUUGGAGCAAUUACAAGUGCAGGAACUUCGAGUGUUUAUUGAGAAAGAACACGAAAAAGGGGUUUGAAAUGGAGAAGGAAAAGGUAAAAUGGGUAACAAACUCCUCUGUUCCUGUGGAUUUUUUGAUCAAAGAUGUGUUGGGGAUUAAGGCUGGGGAGAUCAGAAUUGGGCUUGAUUGUGGCGUUGGGACGGGGAGUUUUGCUGCAAGAAUGAGAGAACAUAAUGUGACAAUCAUCUCAACUGCAAUGAAUCUCGAGGCUCCAUUCAGCGAGACAAUAGCACUUAGGGGUCUAGUGCCAUUAUACGCGACAUUGAACCAACGUCUACCUUUGUUUGACAACACGAUGGAUUUGAUUCAUACGAUAGGACUAAUCGAUGGAUGGAUUGAUCUUCAGCUAUUGGAUUUCAUCCUUUUUGAUUGGGAUCGCGUUUUAAGACCAGGUGGAUUGUUAUGGAUAGAUCGAUUCUUCUGUAAUAGGAGGGAUAUCGAUGACUUCAUGUACAUGUUCUUGCAAUUCAGAUACAAAAAACAUAAGUGGGCUAUUUCUCCAAAGUCUAAGGAUGAGGUUUAUCUUUCUGCAUUGUUGGAGAAACCUAAAAGAUCUUGAUGAUUAUAGUAAGUAAAUUGCAGUGGCGGACGCAGGAUUCUCAUCAACGAGUGUUUGAUUAGUAAAUUACUAUCUUUUAAUGUGUAAAGGUUCUUUUAUGUUAGAAUUAAAUACUUUGGUCUCCAUGCUGGGAAAAUGUAUAAUUCACAUAGGUUCAAUUCUGAAGUCUAGUAUAAAAACUGUUUUAAGACUUAUGAGCUUUGAUCCUCUAUUGUGAAUUGUGAUGGUGUUUGAUUAAUAAAGGGCUAAAUUAUGAAUUAUUUUAGUAGAAACUUGGAGUUAUGCACAAUUGCUAUUCUUUAGAUACACAUUGAAUAAUUUUGCUCUUGUUUAAUAGUUUGUAAAUCACGUCAGCUAAAUAUGAGAGUUCAAUUAAUCAUAAAUACACUAACUCAACCAUCCUUAUUGGGUAGCAUUGUAUCAAUGGAUAAUAGAAAAUAUACUGAAGAAGUAAUUGGAAUUUUUUUUAUAUAAAAACCACUCUUAUCUAUCUAAAUAUGCUAUUAAUUUUCUCCCUACUUUACUUGUGAAAUUAUUAUAGAUAUAUCGUUAUAUUUGUUGGAAAGUCACAUCAAAGUUUGCUACUUUGAUGUGAUCACUCUGCCCCGUCUAUGGUUGUUCAUCCUAUGCAGUAACAAAGUAAGGAAUUUCAAAAAGGAAAACAAAAAAAAUUAUUGCUAGUGAGAUUCAAACACACGAGCAUCACCUCAUUGCAAGAAUAUGAAACCGCUAUAGGUUAUAGCAAAUUGUUGUGUUAAGGAUAUUCAAAAUAUGUUAUUUAAUCUUUUGUUGAUCAUUUUAUGGUAUUUUUUUGGGACAAAGAUGACUAUGUAGCAACGCCACUGAUCCCACGUGAGACGUCGUGCAUACAUAAUCUCUUUAUGCCGUAUAAUUUUGAGCCAAAUUCAAUAAGGACAAUACUCUAUUCAAUAAUAGUUAUCCAUUAUUGACUUGACAUAGGAUUAAGAAGCAGUAAAUGAUACUGAUAAUUUUGCCAAAACACUUUCAUUAAAUAUAAGUCAUUUAGGCAUUGAAAAAUCAAUAGUAUUUAAUAGCAAGGUAAAUUAGACAUCAAAUAAUAAAUUAUUCAUCGAUUUUAUGAAUUGGCCAAAUUUUAAUAAAUAUUCCAAAAUAGUAUAGAAGUUAAAAUAAGAUGAACAAGAGUGUAUAAAAGAACUCAUA